UUUUAAACCAGCACGGCCACAUUUUCCUGACUGGCUCUUUUAACUUGCAUUGCCUUUUGCUUUAGAACUUGCUAUUUUCAACUUCUGCACCAUUCGUUACGUUUGUUAGGAUAUCAUACUAUUCUCCACUGAUCUUUAGUCAAGAGUUUGUUCUGUCUCGGAUCAUUACACAUCAUAUUUCAUCAUGCCUGAAGCUGCGCAGGAGAGACAGCUAAAUGAGCUCCUCUCUCGCUCCAUGGUAGACAUCUACGUCGGCCCAGAUAACACACACUGGAUCCUGCACGAAAAGCUACUCUGCCACCACUCACCCUUCUUCCGCAAAACCUUCUACUCUAAAACCAACAGCACCAAAUCCUUCGGCCUGCCCGACGACGAAGAUGCGCCCUUCAAAACUUUCGUCGGGUGGCUCUACUCCUCCUCCCUCCCCACCCCCCACGAAGAAGCAGAUCUCGGAAUCCUCUUCGACCUGUACCUCAUGGCCGAGAAACUCCAGAUCUCGGCACUAGUCCAGGAUGUGCUGCAGGUGGUUCGCGAGUGGUAUAAGUACAGUGAUACAUAUCCUGGUUUACGGCGUGUGCAGUAUAUCUAUGCGAAUACAGAAGAUGGAUCACCGAUGCGACAUAUGCUCGUGCAUUCGGUUGCAAGGCUUUUGGUGCUCGAGGACGGCAUUCCGAAGCAUUGGGAUAAGGCCCUUCGGAAGAACGGCCAGCUUGCUGUGGAUAUCAUCGGUGCGAUUCAGGCUUGGAGACUGAGUGAUGAUGUUGUACCUGAUGCGAGAGAUGAUCCUGCUGAAGGGGAGGACUUGGUUGAUGGAGAGGUGGAGGAGGCGCAGGGAGAGAUGGAGACGGAUGUAGAGGCGGAUGAGGAUCAGACAGUUGUUGAAAGCCCCCGUGAGAUGAAACGCCACGAUUCUAUGCAGGUGGAGAAGAAGAAGGGUGAGGGAUUGGUGAAUGAGGUGGGGAAGAUGAGCUUGCAAGAAGUGCCGAAUGGGAUUACGAAUGGGGAUUAUGGUACGCUGCACUGAGCUGGUCGUUGAAGGUUAAGAGAUUUGCCAGUGGGUUUCAAGUUGUUCCUCGCCGCUACGUAACUGCAAUUUUUGUCUGCAAUGGCGUUCUGGCUGGAUGGGUUGGCUUUCAGAAGGAUGUAAUACCUUGUGUUUGUUUCGCGCCUUUUGUUCUCAAAUGUAUUUGGUAACGUACAUGUAGCUUGACAUCUAGGUUUGUGUUGCGCCUCUGGUGAGUUAACUUGGCAGUGGAAAGGUCCCGCUCAACUCAGCUCUCCUUUCC